AUGGUUACAAAGUUGAUGCAGAGCUUCUCUGAGUUGGGGUUGAUGGAGCAAGCACAGACAGAGCGAGGCUUGCUAGUCACCAUCGUUGCUCAGUCACCUAUAGUGGAGUGUAUCAAAGAGGCUCAGGCUACAGAUCAGCAUCUGCAGUUUUUACGUAGCAGAGUUACCUCAGGACAGCAGACAGAGUUUACCUAUGAUGAUAGUGGAAUUCUGUAUUUCUGCGGCAGAUUAUGUGUCCCAGAGUCACAUCCUGUCCAGGAGGACUUAUUACGGGAAGCACAUCGAUCUAGAUUUGCGAUUCAUCCGGGAGGUAAUCGCAUGUACAGAGAUCUGAAACGAUCAUACUGGUGGAAUGGUAUGAAGAAGGAUAUUGCGACAUUUGUGGCGCAGUGUUUAGUAGAGAUCCACGAUUUACCUCUCGAUUUUGGCGGAGUCUCCAGCAGGCCAUGGGUACGGAACUCCGUUUUAGUACUGCAUUUCACCCUCAGACGGAUGGUUACCACUCAGCGAUUCAGAUGGCACCAUUCGAGGAAUUAUAUGGCAGAGCAUGUAGAUCUCCUACUUUAUGGGACGAGGUUGGAGAAUCGUCAGUCUUGGGGCGCCAGCGUAUUCAGCGAGAUGCAGAGGUGGUUGACACCAUCAGACGCAGAGUUGGUUGACACCAUCAGACGCAGAAUGUCAGAAGCCCAGGACCGACAGAAAAGCUAUGCAGAUCGGAGACGGAGACCUUUAGAGUUUUCUGUGGACGAUCAUGUGUUCCUGCGAGUGUCUCCUACCAAGGGAGUGAGAAGGUUUGGAUUAAAAGGGAAGUUAGCUCCUCGUUACAUCGGACCCUUUCAGAUACUUGAGAGGAUCGGUGAGGUAGCAUAUCGACUGGCGCUGCCACCUUCACUUGCUGGGGUGCAUGAUGUAUUUCACGUAUCUAUGUUGAGGAAAUAUGUGCCACACCCUACGCAUAUUUUGACAAAUGUCUCGAUCACCCUUCAGCCAGAUGUCACAUAUGAGGAGGUUCCAGUGCAGAUAUUGGAUCGCAAGGAACGCCGGCUGCGAAACAAGACAAUCCGAUUGGUCAAGGUUGGUUGA